GGAGAGAGAGAGAGAGAGCGAGGUGAGAGGUUUCGUAUUUUCGUGUGUGAAUCAGAGGGUGUAUUUAAAAAAAAAAAAAAAAAAAAAAAAAAAUCCGUUUGUGCGGAAUCGAAGAGGCAGAAAAUCACACGGUAAAAGAUGUCCUAUAACUCCUCGUCUCGCAGCUCUUCCCGCUCCUCGGACUGCAAGGUCUAUGUGGGUGACCUGGGGAACGGGGCAGCGAAGGGGGAGCUGGAGAGAGCCUUCAGCUACUACGGGCCGCUGCGAACGGUGUGGGUGGCGAGGAACCCCCCCGGCUUCGCUUUCGUGGAGUACGAGGACCCGCGGGACGCAGAGGACGCUGUCAAGGGCAUGGACGGGAAGGUGCUGUGCGGCUCUCGGAUCCGCGUGGAGCUCUCCACCGGCAUGUCCCGGAAGACCCGGUACGGGCGGCCCAGCCGGCGCCACUUCGACCCGAAUGACCGGUGCUAUCAGUGCGGGGAGCGCGGCCACUACGCCUAUGACUGCUACAGAUACAACAACAAGAGAGGGGGCCGGCGCAGCAGAUCUCAUUCUAGAUCCCGAUCUCGCUCUAGAUCCCGCUCCAGGGGGCGUCGCAACAAUCGUUCUCGUAGCCGCAGCAAUGAUCGCAGGUAUCGCUCUCCCUCUUACUCCAAGCGCAGGAGCAGGUCUGGCUCUCCUGGGCGAUCCAAGUCUCGUAGCCCGAUAAGAAGUCGAUCGAGGUCUCGCUCGGCGCGCUCCGUGUCGCGCUCCCGGGCACGCUCAGUGUCUCGCUCCCGGGCGCGCUCGCCGUCGCGCUCUAGGUCCAGGUCGCGCUCCAGGUCACGAACGCCCAGACGAUCCCCCAGCCCCAAACGAGCAAGCCGUUCCAGAUCUCCCAGCCAGAAGAAAAGCCCCAGUCCAAUAGUGGCUGAAUGAAUUGAAGGCCUGUUGGCAGAAACAUGUUUUUUAAUUGUAAUUUUUAAUUUUAUGUUUAGAGGUUUUUUUUUUGUGUGUGUUCUCCCCAAAAUCUUGAGGACCCCCCCCUUGCACAUUCCAUGGCUCCUUUUUACUUUUUUUUUUGGCAAGAGAAAAUAAAAAACUGGACACCGCUAAUUUCUACACACAAACACAUGUCUAAUUUUAUCGGUGGUGUAUUUGCAGUUUUUUUUCUAGUUUUUUUUUUUUUUUUUUUGUGUAGAUAUUUAUGUGGAAAGUAUAUACAAAUGAAGCUAACGAUCUCCGCCUGUUUCUGCUGUCUGUAUUGAAGCUGUAACUGGGAAGCGUUGUUUAUGGAAGUCCUUGCUAGAACUCUUGCAGGCUCAAUUACAAACACGAAUUAGGGGAACUGUUAUUAUAACAGUGUUGCUUUCAAAUUUCUGGCUCUGCUGGUAUGCAAACUCUGAUUAGGACAAUGUUAAGGGGGGGGGUGGUGGUGUGUGUGAUUCCUUUGUAGUUACGACAGUGGUCUGUGCUGUUAAUUGUUGCCAACCUGUGAAGUAAAAACAUCAGAUUUCUGUGUGAGGUCCACCACAGUUUAGAAAUUCUCCCUCAGAAGAACUUUUUGGGUGUAUGGGGGUGGUCUUGAGGGACAGGAAUUGAGAAUAUACUGAACCAAUAAAUUUUUUUUGUUAA